GAUUCUCAACGGCCAUCAAUCAUCACCUUACCGAACCCCCGACGUUCAGGUCUUGAUUCGCCUACAGCCUCACUCGCAAACCCAAACUCACUGUCAAGAUGUCUUUCAAGCCUGAGAAGGAUUUCGGCGAGGGCCCUAAGGUCCACAAGAUCCGUAUCACCUUGACUUCCCGCAAGGUCGCCGCCCUCGAGUCUGUCUGCUCUGCCCUCAUCGAGCGUGCUCGCUCCAAGUCCCUCCAGGUCAAGGGCCCCGUCCGUCUUCCCACCAAGACUCUGCAGAUCUCUACCCGUAAGACCCCCAACGGUGAGGGUUCCAAGACCUGGGACAAGUACGAGAUGCGCAUCCACAAGCGUCUCAUCGACCUCCUCGCCCCCACCGAGACCGUCAAGCAGAUCAUCAUCAACAUCGAGGCUGGUGUUGAGGUUGAGGUCACCAUUGCCGCCUAAAUCAAGUUUUCACUCUGGAAUAAUGGGGAAAUUGCGUCAACUCUUGACUGGGUUGGCGUCGACGAUGUACUCGUCUGGCCGCGGCGUGGUUCACUGGUCACUUCUGGGCUCGUACUGGGACAACAUCGAUACCCAAUAAAAAUAGGCAUAAAAAUGGAAAAGUCGA